AUGGCUACUGCAACAUGUCAAAAACUACUAAAAUGGAAGAGUGUGUUUACAAAUUUAAAAUCUUGUUUAAUACAAACUGGUGUCAGGAAUACCACCUGCUGUCGAAAUAAAAGUUCAGCUGUUAGUUUCAAUUGGGAAGAUGCAUUAAAUUUAGAAAGUGCAUUAAUGGAAGAUGAAAAAAGUGCAAAGGAUAUGGUUAGACAGUUUUGUCAAGAAAAGUUAAUGCCUAGGGUUCUUGUAGCCAAUAGGCAAGAAAUUUUUCAUAAAGAAAUUUUUCCUGAAAUGGGUGAACUGGGUUUACUUGGAUGCACUUUAGAAGGCUAUGGUUGUGCAAACAUGUCUUAUUGGAUAUCGUUCUGCUAUAGUGUUCAGUCAUCAUUAGUUAUGUUUCCAAUUCAUGCGUAUGGGUCAGAAAAACAGAAAGAAAAAUAUUUGCCCAGGUUGGCUAAGGGAGAAUUAAUAGGGUGUUUUGGACUGACAGAACCUAAUCAUGGUAGUGAUCCAAGUGGAAUGGAAACCAAGGCUGUAUAUAAUAAAAAUACUAAAACGUACAAAUUAUCAGGUAGUAAAACUUGGAUAACUAAUUCUCCAGUAGCUGAUAUAGUCGUAAUUUGGGCAAGGUGUGAUGAUGGAAAAAUAAGAGGUUUUAUAUUAGAAAAAGAAAUGAAAGGUGUAAGUUUACCUAAAAUAGAAGGUAAAUUUUCAUUAAGAGCAUCAGCCACAGGAAUGAUAUUAUUAGAUGAUGUAGAAGUUUCAGAAGAACAAGUUUUACCAAAAGCAGAAGGUUUAAAAGCUCCCUUUAGUUGUUUGAAUAAUGCUCGUUUAGGUAUAAGUUGGGGAGCUCUAGGAGCAGCUGAAUUUUGUUUGGAAUCUGCUAGACAAUAUGUCCUCGAUAGAAAGCAAUUUGGUAGACCAUUAGCUUGUAAUCAGUUAAUCCAGAAAAAAUUAGCAGAUAUGUUAACGGAAAUUUCAAUAGGUUUACAAGCUUGCUUACAUGUUACAAGGCUCAAAGAAAAAAAUAUGGAAACUCCUGAAAUGAUUUCAAUGUUAAAAAGAAAUUCUACUGGAAAAUCUUUAGAAAUAGCAAGAGUGGCUAGAGACAUGUUGGGGGGAAAUGGAAUUUGUGAUGAAUAUCACAUAAUAAGGCAUGUUAUGAAUUUAGAAGCUGUUAAUACCUAUGAGGGAACUCAUGACAUUCAUGCACUUAUAUUAGGUAGAGCAAUUACAGGUAUUCAAGCUUUUAAGGGAUAA